AAAUGGACCUGCAGUUCACUUCAAGUUUCAACAAAGUCACCUUCUUGCCACGCCAAGUUGCAGAUUCAAUACCCUUUUCAUCCAACAAGGUGAACGAUGUCUUCACCAAGUUUUCCAUCAAACCCGAGUCAGAGGAGGCUAAAGCAGUGAAGAACACUCUUAGUGAAUGUCCAAAAACAAAUACAAAAAACAUACAAAAAACCUGCUCCUUGAAGAAUUUAAUAUGCUCUACUACUUCAAAAAGAACAAAAAAUAUCGAGGUUUUGUCCACAGAAGUUGACCAAGAAACGGGGUUGCAGCAAUACACCAUAGCACCGAGAGUGAAGAAGAUACCAGGAGAUAAAGUUGUUGUGUGCCACAAGCAGAAUUACCCUUAUGCUGCUUUUUACUGCCACAAAACUNAGACCACCAGAACUUACUCUAUGCCUUUGGAGGGUGCUAACGGGAUCAGAGUUAAAGUUGUGGCGGUGUGCCACACUGACACAUCGCAAUGGAACCACAAACAUAUGGCCUUUCAAGUGCUCAAGGUUAAACCGGGAACUGUUCCUAUCUACCAGUUUCUUCCUGAGGAUCAUGUUGUUUGGAUUCAGAAGUAA